AUGUCCACCCAAGACCGCGACUCAGACUCAGACUCCGACCUAAACGAAGAAUUCGAAGACGUCCCGGGCAUCCAUGAACACUCCACUAACGGGCCCAACCCCAAUUCCAACCCCAAUUCAAACGGCUUCUUUUCAGCCCAAUCCACGUCGAACUUGAACUCGAACAAAUCUAAACCAUGGACCCCAACCUUAACCCUCCCACCCCAAAAACCAACCCCCCUCCCAGGCUCAGAAGAAGAAACCCAACUCCGCGGCCGCGUAAGCGCAGCCAUCGAGAGAAUAACAUACCGACAAAUGAAAUCCGAGAUGGGCAUGGAUGCACCAGAUACUCACGUCUCGCAUCGGCGGUAUGAGAAUUUUGCUGAAUUUGCGGCUGAUGUGGAGGUGUUGGUUGAUUUGCUUUGGGGCCUCAAUCCAAACCGAAAGCCUAAUAACGCUGGCGGGAAUCACCGAAACAGCCCUACCAACACACCCUUCGACGGGCCAUCCGCAUUAACCCUCUUGCAUAAAUUCGACGAGGUUUUCGUCGCGCUUUGCACGGGUAUUCAUCCGUUGACGCGGGAACCGCUCCGCGAGGCAUCAGUGUCAGCGUCGGCAUCGUCAGUUCAUUCCGGCCGUGGCCCCGUUCUGGUGACGCAGACGCAAAAGGUGCGGAUUCGGAGUCUUGCGGAGACGACGCGGUAUAAGGUUUUUUCUGUAUUACCUGUGGGAGAUGAGGAGGAGGAAGGGGAGGAAGGGGCUGGCGAGCAGCCGUGGGUUUUGGAGGCGACUAGGGUUUAUGAUCGGACGUUGAUGUUGCUUGCGGAUGAUGAUUAG